UCUUCUUUCCUCCCAUUGGUAGUUAAUUAACUCUUGGUUUGCAAUGGCAUCAAACAUGGUUGUGUCUUUCGGUGAGAUGCUCAUCGACUUCGUGCCGGACAUCGCCGGAGUUUCAUUGGCAGAGUCACCGGGGUUCAUCAAAGCUCCCGGAGGAGCUCCGGCCAAUGUGGCUGUUGCCAUCACUAAGCAUGGAGGAAACUCUGCUUUCGUUGGCAAGUUUGGUGAUGAUGAGUUUGGACACAUGCUCGUUGACAUACUGAAGAAAAACUCAGUGAACGUGGAUGGAGUAUUGUUUGAUGAGCAUGCAAGAACAGCGCUUGCGUUUGUGACACUGCGCAGUGAUGGUGAACGUGAAUUCAUGUUUUACAGAAACCCAAGUGCUGAUAUGCUAUUGACUGAGGCUGAGCUUAACAUGAGCCUGAUCAAGAAUGCCAAAAUCUUCCAUUAUGGUUCUAUCAGUUUGAUCACAGAGCCGUGCCGAUCAGCUCACAUGGCGGCGAUGAAGGCCGCCAGGGAUGCCGGAGCUCUUCUCUCUUAUGAUCCAAAUGUGAGGCUUCCUUUGUGGCCUUCUGAACAGGCUGCCCGUGAAGGCAUCAUGAGUAUUUGGAAACAUGCUGAUUUCAUUAAAGUGAGUGAUGAUGAGGUUGCUUUCUUAACACAAGGAGAUCCUUACAAUGAGGAUGUUGUUCUUUCACUCUGGUAUGAAGGUCUUAAGCUGCUUCUUGUUACUGAUGGAGAGAAGGGUUGCAGAUACUUCACUAAGAAUUUUAAAGGCAAGGUUGGAGGGUACUCAGUGAAGACAGUGGAUACAACUGGAGCUGGUGAUGCUUUUGUUGGAGCUUUCUUGUUCUCUGUUGCUAAGGAUGGUGCUUCUCUCUUCCAGGACGAGGGGAAGUUGAAAGAGGUACUUAAGUUUGCAAAUGCAUGCGGAGCUAUAGCUACAACAAAGAAAGGAGCUAUCCCUGCACUCCCAACCACUUCCAUGGCUUUGGAACUCAUCUCUACUUCAAACUAGACCAAUAGACAUUAUUAUGCUGGACAAUUAGUUCUGCUUUUUCUUUUUUUCCCCUUCUUUUUACUAGCUAGAACAUUUAUGUAGAGUUUUUCUUAAUUUCUUUCUUUUUAUUUUAAGUUGUGUUGGAACUCAUCUCUAUUUAAAUGCUUCAGACUUUUGUUAAAUAUGAAAGUAAAUUGAAUUAACAAGUACUUUACAUAUUCAUUA